AUGAGCUUUGUACAAGCACUGUGUCCGCCGUGUAGUUGCCAUAAGUUGCAGAGCGUCGAAUGCGGACAUUCGGCGACGGAGAAGUUAGGGUUCACCAAAUUCUGCGAAAUCGGUGCAGUUGGAUUAAGUGGUAGUCGUAAAAGCUUGUUGAAGCCGAUUAUGGCAAAGGAAAAUAGUGGCGCGUCUUUGAUCGAUGACGGACAUGAAGUGAAGAAGCCUGUCCUUACACAUUUGGCUAAUCACUCCGCAGCAUUAUCUGGUAAAACUCUCAGCGAGUUGUCAAAUAUUGGGAAUUCGAUGAACAUUUUGUGGCAUGAAUGUCCUAUACAGAAACUUGAUAGAGAGCAUCUUCUUCAGCAAAAGGGCUGCGUCAUUUGGUUAACGGGUCUCAGUGGUUCAGGUUUGUGCAAUUGUUGGUCAAAGAAAGUGGGCAAGGAGACAUUGAUUUCAGGAAAAAGCACUGUGGCAUGUGCUUUGAGUAGAAGCUUGCAUUCCAGAGGAAAGUUGACUUAUAUCCUUGAUGGCGACAAUAUUCGACAUGGUCUAAACCGUGAUCUUAGUUUUCGAGCAGAAGAUCGUUCAGAGAACAUACGAAGGAUUGGUGAGGUUGCAAAGCUCUUGGCAGAUGCAGGUCUUAUUUGUAUCACUAGUUUAAUAUCUCCCUACCGAAAGGAUAGGGAUGCUUGUCGAGCUCUAUUGCCAGAGGGAAAUUUUAUCGAGGUUUUCCUAGACGUGCCACUAGAGGUGUGUGAAGCAAGGGACCCGAAGGGACUCUAUAAGCUUGCUCGAGCUGGAAAGAUCAAAGGUUUCACGGGGAUAGACGAUCCAUAUGAACCACCAUAUAGCUGUGAGGUGGGUAUUUAUUGCAUAACUUGUGUUGCACUGGUGAACGACUUAACGGCGGUGUUAAGUGAAUCGCAUGGUCGUGCCAAGGCGGUUGUGAGAGGGGAGAAAAAUCGAGCGGCGGAGUCCGUUUCUGAAUAUCCCCAGAAAGUGAAGCAGAAUCAUAUAAAUAGAACCCUAGCAGCAACUAUGGGUAAGAAGCAACACAGCAAAGACAGGAUGUUCAUCACCAAAACGGAGUGGGCAACGGAGUGGGGAGGCGCUAAAUCUAAAGACAAUCGCAUUCCCUUCAAACGUCUUCCCUUCUAUUGCUGCUCGCUUACCUUUACGCCGUUUGAAGAACCUGUCUGCACUGCUGAUGGCAGUGUUUUCGAUAUUAUGUUCCAAGACUGCAACUAUGUUGUGCUAGGGGUGACCAUAAUUAAGGUGCCUUUCCAACACUUUGAAUUACCAAUGUCAAAUGGAAAUGCUAUGAUGCUAUUCUUGUGUAGCCCUGUCGCUACUCAAAUUCAAACUGUUGUUUUCUCUAAUACAUAUGGUGUGCUUCCAUUUCUUGGGGAGAAGUUGGGAUCUGCUGUGAAAGAGUUGAACAUUAAGAUAAAAAACUGGAAGGAGCUCCUCACUGAUGAGCCAUUCACAAGGGAUGACCUUAUAACCAUUCAGAAUCCUAAUGCACUUGACAGCAAGGUUCUUCUGGAUUUUGAUCAUAUUAAAAAUAGUUUGAAAGUUGAUGAUGAAGAACUACAGAAAAUGAGUUCAGAUCCAACCUAUAACAUAAACAUGUCGGGUGAUAUAAAGCAAAUGCUUCAGGAGCUUGGAACCGAGAAAGGAAAGGAAACUGCAAUGCAUGGGGGAGGUGGUGGCAAGGCACAAAAAGAAAGGGCUGCUGCACUUGCUGCCAUCAUAGCUGCAAGGUCCCGUGUUGAGGAAGAUUCCAAUUCAAAUCCAAAUAAAGAGGCCAAAGCUCCUCAGUCAUUUAGUAUUGUAGAUGCUGCAUCUGCUGCAGUACAUGGAAGAAGUGCAGCUGCUGCUAAAGCCUCAUCAGGUGAUAAAACUGCAGCCAGAAUAGCUAUGCAUAUGUCUGGUGAUAGGGCACCAGUGAAUGCAAAGAUGGUAAAAAGUCGUUUCACAACUGGUGCUGCUUCCCGGUCUUUUACUUCAACAUCAUUUGAUCCAGUUACAAAAAAUGAAUUUGAAUAUGUGAAAGUUGAGAAGAAUCCAAAGAAAAAGGGUUACGUACAACUGCAUACAACACAUGGUGAUUUGAACAUUGAGCUACAUUGUGAUAUAACACCUAGGACGUGUGAAAACUUCAUCACUCUUUGUGAGCGUGGAUUUUAUAACGGAGUUGCUUUUCAUAGAAACAUCAGGAAUUUUAUGAUACAGGGUGGUGAUCCUACUGGUACUGGUCGAGGCGGGGAAUCUAUAUGGGGAAAGCCCUUUAAAGAUGAACUUAACUCCAAACUAAUUCACUCUGGAAGGGGUGUUGUAAGCAUGGCAAACAGUGGCCCACACACCAAUGGUUCCCAGUUCUUCAUCUUGUACAAGUCUGCAAAUCAUCUAAACUUCAAACAUACAGUUUUUGGAGUAGUUGUCGGUGGCUUGACUACACUAGCAGCCAUGGAAAAGGUUCCAGUUGAUGAUAAUGACCGACCUCUGGAGGAAAUCAAGAUAACAAGUGUCACGAUUUUUGUCAAUCCUUACACAGAACCAGAUGAAGGAGAAGAGCACGAUAAUGCCAAAGAGAAGAAUGUAGAUGAUGAAGAUAAUGGUAAGGUAGGUUCAUGGUAUAGCAAUCCUGGCGCGGGAACGUCUGAAUCUGGAGGUACGGGGGCUGCUGGUGGUGUCGGCAAGUACUUGAAAGCUAGGAAUGCUCAAGCUACAUCUGCUGCUACCCUUGACACCGGCACAGCCGUUGUAGUAAAGAAAAGAAAAGUGGGAGUUGCCAGCAGUGAAUUUAAAGAUUUUUCUGCGUGGUAA